AUGGUGGAUACUGAAAAUCUAGAUAUUGGAAAAUCUGGAGCAAUAGUGGAAACCCUUAUGAAGCCGCAUCUAGGAAAGGGCCAUACCCUUUAUGUAGAUAACUGGUAUGCGAGUCCCGCUUUAUUUAAGUUUUUACAUAAUAAUGGCACAAACGCGUGCGGGACCGUAACAAAAAGGAGAAAAGGAAUGCCCAAAAUUGACAAACGAUUAAAAAAGGGGGAGGCAGCAUUUAGAUCAUCCGAUAACUUAUUAGUCUUAAAAUGGAUGGAUAAGAAAGAAGUGUAUAUGCUUUCUACAAUGCAUACAGCAGAAUUUACAACGGUAAUCAGGCACGGAGGAGAAAGAGUUAUCCAGAAACCUGUAUGCGUGUUAGACUACAACAAUUCAAUGGGUGCAGUGGAUAAAGCUGAUAUGGUCAUAAGCACUGUGAACUCGACACGAAAAUCUUUGAAAUGGUACCAGAAAUUUUUCUUUCAUUUGGUGGACAUUUGCGUCUGGAACGCUUAUUGUCUGUACAAGCAUAAGAUGAAACGACCGAUAUCUAUGGCAAGAUUUCAAUUGCAAUUAAUUAGGGAAAUACUGGGAAAGUACCAUCAAAGUAUAAGUCAUCAACAUCUAACGGGGAAUAAUCAUCCACUGAGAUUAACAGAACGACAUUUUCCGUCGGUUUAUAAAUCGAAUGUUCGUAAAUGCAUCAAGCGAUGGCCGGAAGAGGAAGUGGAGGGAUUAAAGGACAAGAGGAAACACAAUCAAAGGCAGCGAUUGACAAUCGCCGAAGAAAAUAAACUCCUUGUCAAUCAGUUCGCGAUUAUUAGAGAAAAAGUGUUCGAAGUGUUAGAAGAAAUGGAUGUAGAUUUUGGAGAAAUAAUGGACCAAGAUUCCGACGAAGAAGUGCUAUCCGACGAUACUGGAGUAGCAAAGCUACGUAUAUAUGAACCCAUAGUGGAGUCCGCGGAGUGA